AUGUUUACAGGUAUAGUGGAAUGUAUUGGUACCAUUGAGAGUAUACAAGAAAUGGACAUGACUAAAUCUGGUGGCCAAGGCUUAUCUAUCGUGAUAAAAGAUUGUUCAAAUAUCCUGACAGAUUGUCAUAUUGGUGAUUCUAUAGCAAUCAACGGCAUAUGUUUGACUGUCACUGAAUUCUCCAACAACUCAUUUAAAGUAGGCAUCUCUCCAGAGACUCUUAGAAGAACCAAUGUAGCAGAAUGGUCCAUCAACGCCAAAGUUAAUUUGGAAAGAGCUGUCUCUAAUGAUGUUAGAUUUGGUGGACACUAUGUCCAAGGUCAUGUGGACACAAUAGCUUUGAUUAAAUCAGCCUUUCCCGAUGGUAACUCUAUAAUUUUCACAUUCCAAUUUGAUCAUAGAGAUUCUCAAUACAUGAAAUAUAUAGUAGAGAAAGGUUUUAUUUGUAUAGAUGGUAUUUCUUUGACAGUGACACAGGUGAACGAUGAAGAUAAUUCAUUCUCUAUCGCAAUGAUCAAACAUACUCAAGAAAACGUUACUUUGCCGUUGAAACAAGUAGGAAAAGAUAGAGUCAACAUUGAAGUGGAUCUGACUGGCAAGAUCAUCGAAAAACAAAUCAUUUCAGCUUUGAAUGAUCAAAUCAAUAAUGUAGACUCUCCACUGGUAAACCUAGUAAAUAUGUUGAUUGAUAAAAAAUUGAAACAAAAAUAA